AAACUGCCUCUUAUCCAGAACUAUGUUUGGUUACUAUAUUGGUAACAGAUUUUGUUUUCAAAGAUGGAGUUUGUCACUUUCUAAGAGGAAAAAUUAUUAUCAACUAUUAUCUCUUAGUAUUAAAUAGUCCUUUCUCUAAACUGACAAAAGUUCUAUAAUUUGUGCUUUUAUUGAGCACCCUGCAUGGAUGCUGACCACAAGUUUGGAGACGUUUGAGCUCGAAGGUCUCCCUUCAUCCUCUCCAGGUGGGCUUUAUGCAUAACUUGGAGUCAUGAACCUUCCUCCAUGCUUUGCCUGUGACACCAGCUUGCAGCGGGUAAAACUGUUUAUAACAAAACAGAGACCGGAAGCCCAGCUUUCAAGUCAGCCUUCCUGCUGUUUCUGCCUGUUAGGAUCUUUGCUGUGCUCCGGUUUCCUACUAGCUUCUCUGGACCUGGCCAUCCUGUUGCCUCUUCCCACAGGCUGUUCUGUCACGUGAUUCUCGCAGACUGCCUGCCCCUGAAAGCAGAGGUAUGUGUCUUACAGGCAGUAUACGGCAGAACGCCAAGCCAGUCUGAGAAUUCCUGUUUCGUUGAAACUGCAUUAUUUUUGACAAUUACUUACUACUGAAUAUUCAGUGGGUGAAAUUGAAGGCUUUCACUCAGAAGAAAUCAAGAAAAAGAACCUGAGGCACACAGGCUCCUGGGCUGCUGUGGAUGGCCUUGGCUCUCCUGACCACUCUUCCAAGUAGGAUGUCCCUGAGAUCCCUCAAAUGGAGCCUCCUGCUGCUAUCACUCCUGAGCUUCCUCGUGAUGUGGUACCUCAGCCUGCCUCACUACAAUGUGAUAGAACGUGUAAACUGGAUGUACUUCUAUGAGUAUGAGCCAAUUUACAGACAAGACUUCCGCUUCACACUUCGAGAGCAUUCAAACUGCUCUCAUCAAAACCCGUUUCUUGUCAUCCUGGUGACCUCACGCCCCUCAGAUGUGAAAGCCAGACAGGCCAUUAGAGUAACUUGGGGCGAAAAAAAGUCUUGGUGGGGAUAUGAAGUUCUCACAUUUUUCUUACUGGGCCAACAGGCUGAAAGGGAAGACAAAGUGUUAGCCCUGUCCUUGGAGGAUGAACACCUUCUUUAUGGUGACAUAAUACGACAGAAUUUUUUAGAUACAUAUAAUAACUUGACCUUGAAAACUAUUAUGGCAUUCAGGUGGGUAACUGAGUUUUGCCCCAAUGCCAAGUACAUCAUGAAGACAGAUACUGAUGUUUUCAUCAAUACUGGCAAUUUAGUGAAGUAUCUUUUGAAUUUAAACCACUCAGAGAAGUUUUUCACAGGUUAUCCUCUAAUUGAUAAUUACUCCUAUAGAGGAUUUUUCCAAAAAACUCAUAUUUCAUACCAGGAGUAUCCCUUCAAAGUGUUCCCUCCCUACUGCAGUGGGUUGGGUUACAUAAUGUCCAGAGAUUUGGUGCCAAGAAUCUAUGAAAUGAUGAGUCACGUAAAACCCAUCAAGUUUGAAGAUGUGUAUGUUGGCAUCUGUUUGAAUUUAUUAAAAGUGGACAUUCAUAUUCCAGAAGAUACAAACCUUUUCUUUUUAUACAGGAUCCAUUUGGAUGUCUGUCAACUUAGACGUGUGAUUGCAGCCCAUGGCUUUUCUUCCAAGGAAAUUAUCACAUUUUGGCAGGUUAUGCUAAGGAACACUACAUGCCAUUACUAAUCUGACAUUCUACCAAAACUCUAGAGAUGGACAGGAUACUUUGUGGGAAGUGUUAAAGUUGGUACUGCAAACUCUCCAGUGGAAAAGUCCUGGGAAGGUCCCUGUGCUGGCUUACACUGACCUGAAACAGAGAACCCAUAAGCUAGAGAUUACACUUUACUUGCGGGUUAUUUAGACAGAAAUCAAGUCAGACCCUUGAAAGAUAAUAUGCAGAGGAAUUAAACGUUUUAUAAAGGAAUUGGAAGUCCUUGUUAAUAAAGCAAUUAGGACCCAACAAUCUGAACAUGUCCUUCAAUAGACUAGAACUUCUUAACAGGGUUUCAUUGAAUUAUAAGCUUAUUAGUCUGUAACUGCAAAGCAACAUGGAGUUCUAUUCACUGAACAAUCUAUGUCAGUUAAGGGUUUUGUGUAUAUCUUUUGUGGAUUACUGGUUUUUAAAAAUAUAUAGUUCUGUGUAAAAAGUUAUACUGAGCAAAAUUUCAUCUGUUUUUGGUCAUUUCAGAAGGUCAUUCAACAGCAUUUCAGUGUUACUAAUUAUUUUUUAAUAUCACGUAGUACUCUUCCUUGUGUUUGGUGAAUGUUAAUGGUUAUUUCAGUACUGUAUAAAUGGAAUAGUGAAUUACCCUUUACAUUUGAACUUUGUUUCCAGUUACUUUUCUGAUGAGUUUAUUUUCAAUAGCUCUGUUGAUGUAAAGUCAUUGGUUUUAUGGCAUAUUGGUAAUCUCUUGGACUUCUAUAAAUAUUUCACCAUGGUAAUACAGAGAAGAAUUAAAGCAAGAAGAUCUGAAUUACUGUCUUGUUUUUAGAUGUCACUUCAUCUGACUCAUUUUUGCACCUGGAAAUUAGGAAUAAUGCAAGUGUCAGGCAAAGGAUCUCCUUUUGGAAAGGACUGUGAAGUGAAAAAAGAAAAGAGAAUCUGUUGGCCAGAAUAUAAUGAAAAGGAUGUCAUGUUACAGUGCUUGAGUUAGAAAGUGAGCUUGUUAUUAGUCUGCUCCAUGUAUUUUUCUCAUUAACAGUUGAUCUGAGAAUAAAGAGGAAGAAAAGUGAGAAAUGCUGCUGCUGUUGUUACUAGUUUCAUAUCAAGUUGAAAGCCCUAAUAUGUGGUCUAAAAUCAAGUCUGAUUUCCAGGCCAUGUGGAAAGCACGUUUCUUCGUAGAAGUGAUGUUGGUCGAAGAGCAGUGCUGCCUGCUGCCAUGCUGUGGGGACUGUGCAGUUUCCCGUGGUAUCUGAGGUGGGACAAGUGGUUCCUUUUUUCUGGAUUACAUGAUGGCAAAAGAUUAAAUUUAAUGGCAGAAAAUACAAACGAGAGUAUAUAGUCAGCUCUUCCUAUACUCAAAAUACUUAUAAUUCUGCUCUAAGAAAAGCCUAGUUUUGAUCAGAACCACUCUGUGUGAUUGUCUUCUCAUCCCCAUUGCACACCUGUGGUUGCCAGCCUUGCCUGUGAUCUGGUGCUCGUAUCCUCAUCUCAGGACCCUGGCAGAAGGGCAGCUCCUGUCUGGGACAUGCUGUUCUUUUACAGAGGAGGGAAAGAGCGAGAGGAAAAACGCUGGUGUGGUGUACAUCUGGUGACCAAAGCUAAUCCCAGGCCGAGCCUCUGUCAGUGGCAGAGGGACGGGGAGUGUGUUCUCCGUGAAGGACACGGUGCCAGUCAGGUUGUGGCAGGCAGGAGUGCAUUGUUUACAGGACAGGGAAUGAAUAGCUGAGUGGAGUAAUACCACCACACCUAGUGUGUAAGGGAAAAGGAGGCUCAGAGAUGUGCGAUUCUGAGGCUGGCCCGCGUGGGGCAGCUUUUCUGGUUCACUUGAGGCUGGUGCCAUGAGCCCUGCCCUGAGAAGGCUGCCCUUUCAUCUCUGUUAAUCUUUCUUUGGCUCUCUCCGAAAUGGGCUUGGCAUUACCAUGUUCCCACCAACUUGCCAGAUGUAGAGCUAUUUAUAACAGCUAUUUCUGAGUGUGAGUUUGGGGAUGAAACCCUUUUCUUUGGGAUCUAGUAGACAGUUACUGCAGGAUGGAGGGAAUAACAGAAGAACUGGAAGGGGGCCAGCUUUUAGGAUGGGAAGAGUGAGUAUGAAAAAUGUGACUGGCCCAUCCUGCUAGUUUUGGAGUUUUCCUGUCCUUUAAUCCACCGGGAAUCGAUCUUUAUGUUGAAACUCCUCUGGAUUUUGUGUGUUUUGAAGACCAGCUCUCACUGGGACCCCCUCACACUCACGAUCAGCUCCUUGGUUGUCCCACCAAACCUCCAAGGAGUCCAUCAAAGUAGAUGGCCUGUGCUGGCGGGAGUGUUGGUGGGAGAUGGAGCAAGCAUGGGAAACGCCCUCAGAGCCAAGGGGCAGUGUGGGCAGGCUCUGGACAGCAUUUGCGCCCGAAGGAAGGGCCGUCUCAUGAGUCGUUUAAGGACAAAGAAGGCCCCAACAAGUAUAAAUAACAUCACUCUGUAUUUAGGGUAAGUAAUAGAGGUCCUUGCACUUGGAUAGUUUUUUGAGUCCCGGGUAUGGUCAACACAGGUGUAGUAGUUUAUGCACAAUUAUCAAUAGUCCAAGAGCUGAGAGGAAUCUAUACGUUUACCUAAGAUAAGGUUACUUAAUUGGGAGUUAUUUUUGUCUGAUUAACAAAAUAGAGAAACUAAAUUAAAACGUAGUAAGUACAGAGUCAUGAAUGAUGGUUCAUUGAGGAGGGUAAAAGGCACUAGAAGGGACCUUUGGGAAUUCCUCUUCUUUGAAAGGAGGGCACUUAGGUUCAUCAGGGUUCUACCACUUGUCCAAGGUCAUUGUCAAGCCAGGACCAGAAUGUUCCAGGCUUAGCUCCACUGCUGGCCCCUUGCUGCCCCUGAGUUUGGAGCAGCACGGCAGGAACUCCCUCAGUGGAAUUGUAGAAAUUUCCCGAAAUGGCUACCUCUGACUCAAGAGGUGAGGAAUUUUGAGGUGUGAGGCCGCAGUCUCCAAAGUGUUUAAUGAAAGGUGGGGCCACUGGGCACCUUGGGGAAGAAACAAGGCCAAAUCCCAGUGUAAGGCAUGAGCAGGCAGCAGUGAAUGGAGCACUGGCUAGUGACUCUGCAGGGGGCAAGUGCUGUCCCAGCAGUGGUAGGCUCUGUAGGACAAGUGCCUAUAGCCAGACCCCAGCAAGAGAAGACAGAGUCCUGAUGACAUCAUACACAGCUUGCUCCUCACGCAUUUCAAAAAACAAGUGUGUCCUCAGUGCAUACGGCUAGGGAGCUUGCUUAUGGAAAUGCCCUGGGCUGUGUGGGGG